UCUAUCCCCUCCCCCUCCCUCUCCGGAUUGUUGCAACGUUCCAUCCGCUGCUGCUGCUGCUGCUGCUGGCCCGACGCCCCGAGCAGGCCGCGGACGUUCGAUCCGCAGCAGCAGGGCUCUCGCAGCCGUCUCCUCGGCUUCCUCCUCGGGCUCGGGCUCCCACGCUCUCCCGUCUCUUCCCCCUCACGUGUCCCGGGCUCCCAGCUGGGGAAGGAAGGGAGGGAGAGAAUCUCUCUCGCUCUCUCCUCCUCACAUGACCCGAGUGUUUGUCCCCGUGAUCAGCGCCUCGGCUCCCGUGUCUCCUCCGCGUCCCCUCUACCUCCAUCCGGCGUGAGAUUUAAAACUCAUUCCCUCCUUCUCCUGCCUCCCCCUCACCCACCCCUUUCCCCCUGGUGUUGCGGGGUGUCCCCCCUCUCCCUCCCUCCCCCUUCCCCCCUCCCCUCUCCCCCCAUGGACAUGCUGGAUCCCGGCCUGGACACAGCCACCGCCUCCGCUGCUUCCAGCCACGAGAAAGAGCAAGAAGGUGAAGAGGGAGUCGAGCUGCAAGAAGCAACCGGUCUCUAUCCUCUGCCAGGAGACGGCACGAAUGCAGAUGAGCAGACGGCGGUGGCCAUCGCCAGCGUCCAGCAAGCGGCCUUUACAGACCAUAAUAUCCAGUACCAGUUCCGCACAGAGAACAAUGGAGGACAGGUGACGUACAGAGUCGUCCAGGUGACGGACAGUCAGCUGGACGGGCAGGCAGACACCACGGGAGCGGUCAGUGUGGUCUCGACGGCGGCCUUUGCCGGCAGCCAGCAAGCCGUGGCUCAGGCUGUGAUCCAGAACCCCUUCAGCAAUGGCGGGAGCCCAGCGACGGAUGCCGUCAGCGGUGAGGCCCGGUUCGCCUACUUCCCCGCUUCCACGGUGGGGGACACCACGGCAGUGUCGGUGCAGACGACGGAUCAGUCCCUGGCGCAGGCCGGAGGCCAGUUCUACGUGAUGAUGACGCCGCAGGACGUGCUUCAGACGGGAACGCAACGCACCAUCGCCCCUCGUACUCACCCUUACUCCCCGAAAAUGGAUGGGACGCGGACGCCACGGGACGAGAGGAGAAGAGCCCAGCACAAUGAAGUGGAACGGCGGAGGCGAGACAAGAUCAACAACUGGAUCGUCCAGCUCUCGAAAAUCAUUCCAGACUGCAAUACGGACAACAGCAAGACGGGGGCGAGCAAAGGCGGCAUCCUCUCCAAAGCCUGCGACUACAUCCGGGAGCUGCGUCAGACGAACCAGCGCAUGCAGGAGACCUUCAAGGAGGCCGAGAGGCUGCAGAUGGACAACGACCUGUUGCAGCAGCAGAUCGAGGAGCUGAAAAACGAAAACGCACUUCUGAGGGCGCAGCUGCAGCAACACGGCAUCGAGAUCGUGGGGGACGCCCCGGGGCAGUAACACACACCCCCACCCACCCCCGAUGGCUCUUCCUUGCUGCUGCCUCUUCACACGGGAUCUCAUCCUUCACGUCUCCGGUCCUUUAGUAGAGCGCGAGGGGAACCACUCCCCGGAAUGAACCCGGCUUCCUUUCCCCGGCGGCGGGGGGUAUUGCUAGGGGAAAAUCAGGGGAAACGGUGGCGGGGCGGGGGGUCUCUGUUCAGGUGGCCUGUUAGCCCCGCUCGCCCUUGCUUCUGUUCCGAAAGGCCCUCCGGCUGCCCCCACACACACCUCCCUAAUUCUCCCCCCCCCCCCAAAAAAAACUUCCCUUCCUUGACUUAAGAUAUAUUCAGACGGAACAGACAAAACCUGCAUUUUUUUAUAGUAGAUUUUUAACACAGGUUAGCCAAUCUUUGUUUUUUCUUUUUCCUCUGCUGGAUCUUGGGGGUUUGAGCGCUUUGGGGCAGGGGGUAACCUCCCCUUUGAGCCUCCCCUCCCCGCCCAAGCACUUGGGUCCCGUCUCCUCCUCCUGACCCUGGGGCGUUUUUGAGUCUCGCCGCCUUCUGUUAAUAGCCAUGAAACGAGGUGGCGAGGGGGGUAAGUUAGGUCAGCCUCAGGUUUCGCUGCUGAAUUGGACGAGAAUUGGAGGUCUUGGAGGGCGACUGAUUGGUUGGGGGGCGGGGGUUACUAGAAAAAAAAAUGCAACCCAUAGCAAAAGUUCCCUUGAAACACCAGCUCCGUAAGCAUGAGGUGAACUCUUAACCAAGGCCUGUUCCAUUGAUGGGUCUUUAAUUUCUAUUAACUUCCACUCUAAAUCUUGCUCUGUGGUUUGAACAGAGAAGGUUAGCUGGUGGAUCGUGUGUGCUUCUGAGCUCCAUCUUUUCACUCGGAGCUGCACAAUUUCAACCCCCCCCGGGCUGCCGUUGUACUACAGCUCCCAUCAUCCCCUGCCGUGGCGAUCAAUAAGGAUGAUGGGAGUUGUAGUCCUUCAUCUGCAGGGAGCCCCAGUUCUAGCUCCAUCCCUCUGUUCUCGCACCCCUCCCAAAUUAUUGUUUUCUUUUUAAAGGCACAGUGGGAUACAACCUUGAAGUCAUCUUCUGUCUCUGUUCCCCUUCUUCUUCCCUUCUCCCCCCCCCCUCCUUGUAAGUAAUCUCUCUUUUAUUUUAUUAGUUCCAGGCGCGUUUGUAUAGAGGUACGGUGUUUGUAUGAUAGCUGAAACCCAGGCCGUUAGGAAAGCUUUUUAGUGGUGGACUGGAUUUGACAGCAGGGUUGCUUUUUUGUGUGUUUGAUGUUAUAUUAUUUUUUUAAUUAAACUCCAGCAUUUUAGGAUUUCAAGUUUAAAAAUAAAUAAAUCGGGAGGUGAAUUCUUUAAA